UGAUAGUUUAUUGAAAGGCGCGAGCGCACUCCGCCGCGCGACCUUAUCGCAGACGCACGCGCAGAAAAUUAAAUUAAAUAAUAAUACAAUAAUAAAUACCGCAAUAAUAAUAACAUAAUAGUAACAAAAUGAUGCUCGCGGGCGCUAGUAUUGUGGAAAAGGAAAGUGAACCUGACAAAAACUCAGUGGUGCUCCAGGCUAUCCCGGAACGGAGUCUGGGUCUGACACAGGCUCCCAACAAGGAGCCGGUGGACAUCACAUUCACUAAUGUCACCUGCACCGUCAAACUUGGCAUCAACAAAGGUUCAAAGCAGAUCCUCCAUAGCGUGAAUGGUCGGUUCCGGCCGAAGCAGCUGAUCGCCAUCAUGGGUCCGUCCGGCGCCGGCAAGUCUACGCUGCUGGACGUCCUGUCCGGCUACCGGAACACCGGCGUCGGUGGAGCCAUCUUCAUCAACGGACGGGGGAGAGUCAUGAAGAGAUUUAAGAAGAUGUCGUGUUACAUCCAGCAGGAUGAUAGACUGCAGGGUCUAUUGACUGUCAGCGAGAACAUGAGUUUGGCUGCCGACCUCAAACUACCCACAUCAAUGAACAAAUACGAGAAGGAAGAGAGGAUAGAAGAAAUCCUGACGAACCUCGGUCUGUACGAGCACAUGAACACGCGCGCGGCACAGCUCUCCGGCGGCCAGAGGAAGAGGCUCUCUAUAGCCUUGGAGCUGAUCAACAAUCCCCUCAUCAUGUUCCUCGACGAGCCCACCACAGGUCUAGACAGCUCCUCGUGCACCCAGGUGGUGCAGCUGUGCCGGAACCUGGCGCACCAGGGUCGCACCAUCCUUUGUACUGUCCACCAGCCAUCCGCCACGCUCUUCGCCAUGUUUGACCAGGUGUACGUGUUAUCUGCCGGCCGCUGUCUCUACCAAGGGACUACCAGGAAUGUUGUUCCGUAUCUGGAACAGGCGGGCAUACCGUGCCCUAUUUACCACAAUCCUGCCGAUUAUAUAAUCGAGCUAGCCUGCGGGGAGUACGGCGACGACAAAAUGGAGGUUCUAACGACAAAGAUCGAGAACGGCAAAGCGUUAGAAUGGUUCGACGAUCCGGAGACGAUACCGACGAUGGAGGAACUGAGAAAGCAGUACCCGCUGACGUCGCUGAAGGACCAAGAUGGCGGCUCCGGGAGUGAGGAGACGUCGCAGUCCAACCAGCGCUCCGUGCUCAUCAAACGAGGGUUCAUGAAAGCGAAGCGGGAUCCGACGAUGACCCACCUGCGUCUGAUGGUGAACGUGGUAGUGGGCAUAAUGCUGGGCGCGCUGUUCAUCAACGCCGGCAACGAGGGCUCCCGAGUGCUGGAGAACUACAACUUGCUGUUCGCCAUACUCAUGCACCACAUGAUGUCGCCCAUGAUGCUCACUAUACUCACCUUCCCCUCCGAGAUGUCAAUACUCCUGAAGGAACACUUUAACCGCUGGUACUCGCUGGGCUCCUACUAUAUAUCGAUCACUCUAGUCGAUCUACCCAUAUCGAUAGUAUCAUGCGCAAUAUUCAGCGUCAUAGUGUAUCUCAUGUCGUCGCAGCCGCUAGACGCGGCGCGUUUCGCCAUGUUUUUCGCCAUCUCGCUCUACACCGUCCUUGUCGCACAGAGCUUCGGACUGAUGAUUGGUGCUGUGUUCGAUGUCGUUAACGGCACAUUCGUGGGUCCCGUUUUAUCGGUACCCAUGAUGAUGUUCGCGGGCUUCGGUGUGACUCUGCGCGACCUGCCGCCGUACCUGGCCUGGGGUUCCUACGUGUCCUACCUGCGGUACGGCCUGGAGGGCUACAUCGCGGCUAUCUACGGCCUGGACAGGCCCAUGUUGGCCUGUAAUGAUGAUGAAUACUGCCAUUAUAGGUACCCCCGCACGUUCCUGACCGACAUCGCGAUGUCCCCCCACAACUUCUGGUGGGACAUCCUGGCGCUGACCGUCACUCUCCUGGUGCUGCGGACGGCCGCCUUCCUCCUCCUCAAGUGGAAGAUCACCGCCGUGCGAUAACUUCACUUCGCAUAGUUCGUGCUGACUUCGGGCCGUAGUCAAAAUGCAUUAGCAGCAUUUGCCAGUUACUAUAGUGAAGUAAGAUGUCAAAAAUGUAUGGGAUUCACCAGCAGUAUUUCCGGACGUAAAG